AUGUCGAAGCCAGGAAUGCGGGAAGCCAUGCGCGCACGAAUGCUAAGGGUAGGCUGCGUGUGGGCGCUGGUUGCGAGAGAGGAAAACUGUGGACUAUGUUCGGUCUGUUCAAGGGUUUCUCGGGAUUCUUCCAGCGACGACGACUACGUUGAUGACUCCUUUCUGACGAAGGAUGACGUGGCGAAUGCGGAGGAAGACAUGAAAAGCCUCAAAGACGAAAUCAGCGAUGACGACAUUACCAAGCCUGAUUACUCUAGAGUCACCGCGACCACGAACCAGAAGGACGCGAAGGGCGCAGCAACGAAUGAAGAGGGUACGAUAGGGAGUGCGGGUGAAAAGAGCGAGGCUACGUAUAAGAAGGAUGCAGACGUUGGUGAGAACGAGUUACAAAUGAUAUCGAUUCUCGUGUGUCGGGUGUGGAAAUAG